CCCUGCGCUGGGGUCGUAUGGGAGCAAGUGUAAACUGAUCCAAAUCGCGAGCGGCUUCCAUCUACCACGGAAAUAUUAUAAACAUUUAUACUAUGCUAAUUCUUCUGCCCGACCUCGCCACACCUUGAUUUAAGGAGUCUGUUCCACUUUGAUGUGUGAAUCGUGAUUUUGGAUUUUUAGACUACGAGUUACUUUAAGGAGUUAAAAUGCAAAAUAUAUGUGUUGUUCUCCUUUCCUAUUUAGUUAUUGUUCACUGCUCUGCGUAUGAUGAUGGCAAGUAUCAUCCUAAGAAAUACAAUUUACAUGAUGACGGCAUGUACUAUAGGCCCUUAGACGAGGGCAAAUAUAUUCCUGGAGAUGAAGGAAGGUAUACUUACAUUUAUGUGCAGGGAUUGUACCCGGACUACCCAUAUGUCCACCAAGUUGGCCCUAAUGGUGGCUUUGGGCCUAAUGGCAGAAAUGGUGGCAAUGGCGGAUAUGGAGGUAAAGGAGGUUACGGUGGCGAAGGAGGAUAUGGUGAUGAAGGAUCUGGUGAAGAUGAAUUCAAUAAAGGACCAGACGGAUCUGAAAGGCCAGAUAAAAUUGAAUACAUCGGCCGUAAGUUCUAUGCUGCAAGAUUUCCAUAUAUGCACUCACUGAUUAAGGAGCUAAUUGAAAAAUACGUUUCAAUAGACACCCUCUUCGGAGAAGAAUCCGAUGGAAGCGUAAAUCAUUAUAUGAAAGUGUUUGGGAACAGGGAAACUGCUGUGAAGUGCCAUUAUUUAAAUAGUAAAAGUGAUGAUGAAAAAGACGGAUUCACGACGCAAUACCCACCUCGGCCGGCUUCAGACAAUGGCAAACAUUCAGGCUCCUACUACAGCUUUAAAGGAACGAAGAUUCUCGAUAACCACAUCAAUAGUGCUAACAUGAAGACUACACUCAAACUAGAAUACGAAGUGUUUGUUAGAAUAGUAGACGAAGUCACAAAACAAUGAACAUAUAUACAUAUAUUGUGUGACAUUGGACUGAAUUAU